AUGGAAGACGACAAAAGCGUAAACGCACCAUUGACACGCCUACGUCGUAGAUUAUCUACAGAUAAACCAGAUGAAAAACCACUUACUCCAAACAGCCCCAAGAAGAGAGGGAAGGCAAAGUCUCAGCUUGACAACAUUGAUGAAAAUGCUAUUACCCCACAAAAAAGCACACCAAAGAGAGUCACAAGGAGAACUGCAAAGGACACAAAUGAAGAAGAUAAACCAGUAACCCCAGCAAGACGGAGUGCUAGAAUAAAGUCCAACACAAGUGUUUUGGAACCUGCAACUACCGCCACUGAAAGCCCCAGGGCACUUCGUGUUACAAGAAGGAAUUCUCAUUUAGGUAGUGAUAGUGAAGCACCUCCUACACCUACUCGUGCAACAAGGAGGACAAGAAAAGAUUCCACAUCCAGUCUUGAUAAAGUGGAAAUUGACAAGACCCUGCCUGCAAUUAUUAAUGAAACUAUAGUUGAGGAAUCAGAAAAUUUAAUGAAACCUACAACCUCACCUGAAUCAAAAAAAGUAACAAAUUCUUCUGAAACUGAUAAUCAUGCAUCGAACACAGAUUCAAAAGUGACCACCCCAGUGAAACCAACAGAACAAAGUACCUUGUCACCAGACAAUCAAAAGGAAAAUAUUUCACCUGGACAUGUACACCGUAAUGAAAAACUAUCACAGUGUAUACACAAUUUAAUUAAUAACAACAUAGAAAACAUAGAUUUACUUUCUAAAAAAUCUGUUCUAAACAAAUCUACCUCUUCUCUCGAACCGCAAAUUAAAAGAAACAUGAGGAAAACCAAAUCUUGGUCAAGUAUUCUUUCAAGUGAUGAAGAUGUAAAAGAGAAAGAAGAUAAAGGUGACAAAGUACUAUCAUCAUAUUUAAGUUCUCAUGACACUAAGUUACCAAUUUCACAACAGAAGGAAAAAUUGGAAACAAUAUGCAAAGACUUAAAGAUUGUAGCCAUUAAGCUUCCAAAUUUUAUAAAUGAAAAAGAAUUGACAGAAGACAAAGACAAGAGUGACAAAAUGGAUUUAUCGAGUGAACAACUCUUUAAUAAAGAACCCAGCGCUGCUUCAAAGCCUGAAAUCAUAAUUGAUAAUGCAGAUUCACAUAUAAAACAAAAAGAACAAGUAAUAGUUGAUGUCAAAGAUAAAACAAGUGGUGAUAUUAUUAUUAUAACUAACAGUCCCAAAAAUCUCAAUGAUAGUGUUGAACCAAUGGACAUAGAUCAGACAAUACCAGAAAGCUUAAUCGUAGUUGAAUCUGAAGAAAACGAAAAAGUAUCAUUAAAUCAUUCUGAGCUUAAGAAGCUCGACAAACAACCCUUACUUUCGUCUAAUACUUCAGUAUCUAAAUCUGGUGUAGACUUAAAUAAAACACAAACUAACGAAAAUGAGAAAUGUCUUCAACAAUCAUGUUUAACAAGCACACCUAUACAACAUCAUUUCCGUAAAGUCGGAGAACCUGUAAAUACGCCAAUAAUAAAGUCAACUUUUGAAAAUACAGAAUCACUACAAAGUCCAAUAGCUACAGUUGAAACUUGUAUUAGCACAACAAAUAAAUCUAAAGAAAGUAUUGAAAUAGAUUCAAACAGUAAAAAUAUUACUUUAGCAACAAACAUACAAGAAAACGAUAAAGUAAUUAAUAAGAUUGUAGAGAAAGAAUUAACAGACCAUGGCGUUCAACUUGCUGUGAACAGUGAAUCCAGUAACACGUCACUACAAGACCAUACAGAUUCCAAAACUACUUCAAAACGACAAUCUAAUUCUAAAGCCAAUGAUACCAAUACAGAGAUAUCACGAAGUAAAUGCGAAAUAAAAAUGACCAUUGAUGAUGAAAAUAGUGGUAAUAGUGAUAUUUCUAGUGAUGGAUCAAAUGCAAAAAAUAAUUUAAUACACGAUGAAGCUAGUGAUGCUGGUGAUGACUAUGAAUCUGGUGACAGUCAGAAUGAGGAAGAAAUGCGAUAUGCGAAAGAAAAUGAAAUAGUUGAAAAGGGUGAAACACUUACAUCAGAGGAUGACUUUCAUGAUGAUUCUGAUUACGAAAAGGACUCUUUUGUUGUCAGCUCUGCUGAAGAAGACAAUGAAUUGUUAGAAGGUACAGACGACGAUUUAUCUAUGAGCGACAAUGAACUCAAAAUGACAGCAAAGUCUAAGAAAAAAUAUAACGAACGCAUGGCUAAACAACAAAAAAAAGCGUCUAGGGAAAUGUUUGAUUCACGCCAUAAAAAUAGUAAGAAGCAACAAAAGAAAAUGGAGUAUACUUCUGAUUCAUCUAGUUGUGAUGAAGCUCCUAAAAAACAGAAAAAAGUAAACAGAAUGCGUUUAGAUUCUAGUCACGAAACAAGCACGUUAAAUGUAAGUAAAAAAGAUUCUGAAACCGACAAAGACUUAUCUGUUUGCAAUGAAGCUAAUCCGAAUGAAAAAGAAAUAACAGCCAUGCUCAGUGAAACUCCACAGAAGAAAGACCCGUUAGAAAUAUCGAUGAAGAAAGAACCAAAAACGCCUAGAAAUGAAAGCUUGAUGGAAACAUCCCUCGACUUUAUACCUAUAGUUCCAACAGGAGAUGCGAAUGAAAGUAAAAUAAAAGACGCUCCAAAACAAGACAUUACCAAAGACCCAUUAGAAGCCACAGCAAUUGAAGACACAUCAUCUGACAGUGACACAAACAAUAUAAUAAGCAAUUAUGAUUCAAUGUUAAACAAUUUAAAUAAGGACAAAACUAGUAAGACGGCUGAUACAUCGCUAAAUAUUGAUAUGAAAAAAAAACUGACAAAUAAAAAACCUUCCAUCAUCGACGAACUCAAUCUCACUCAGAUAAAACCUGAUGGUAAAUCUAAAAAGAAGACAAAGAAGGAAACCAGGUCACAAGCAGAGGUAAAAGCAUCGAAAGAAACAAUUAAUGUAGCAGACGAUGAUUCGUCCGAUUCAAUUGAUAUGCGUAUUCUUCUGUCUGAUGUUAGCGAUGCUGAUUCUAAAAAAGACAUUAAUAUUGAAAAUGAUAUACCGCUGAAAUCCAGUGAAGCCAAGACUGACAUCAGAAUUAAUGAGGACGAAAACAAACAAGAUUCGGAUGACAACUUCAAGUUUUUUAUUGAUACUAAAGGCACAAACAUUGACAGUCCAAUCCAACCUUGGCUGGAAAGUUCAAAUUCAAAUGUUCCUGUUGAUGUGUCGGAUGGCCCCGAUGAAGAGAAAAUUAUGAGAGAACCCGAUGUUAACACGUCUGCAUUAAAAACUCCUAGAAGUGACAAGAAAAAGAAACGCAAGCAUACCAACACUGAAGAGCCAUCUGAGCUGGUGAAAGAGAACAGCAUGAGGGAGGAAGGCAUGAACACAUCUGCAGUAAAAACUCCUAAAAGUGACAAGAAAAAAAAGCAAAAAGAUGUAGACAAUGAAACACCUACUGUAACACAUGUACCAGAGAAGCUGGACUUGUCAAACGUCAAAACUCCAAAAAGUGACAAGAAAAAGAAAAAACAAUUGGCUGAAACUGAAGUUGUAUCUGAAAACGUAGAUUCUCCAAUACAACAACACGUAAUAGAAGUGAAAACCCCAAAUAGUGUUAAGAAAAAGAAACAAAAGUUUUCCGAAUCCAUAAAUGAUUCUACAAAUGAUGUACCCACCGAGGCUGGUAUGGAGGAAAACAAAGAUGUAUCCAACAUCAAGACGCCUAAAAGUGACAAGAAGAAGAAAAAAGAUCUUUCGCAAAAUGACAUUGAAGACUUACCCGAAAUUCUAACGCUGGAAGAGUUACAAGAUAAUAAUGUUGCAAUUUUGAAAACACCAAAAAGCGACAAGAAAAAGCAAAAACAAGCUGAAACUGACAUUACUCAAGAUGUAUCUACCAAUGUUGGUUUAGAAGAGAAAAAUGUAUCUAACAUCAAGACGCCUAAAAGUGACAAAAAGAAAAAGAAAGAUCCCACUCAAAUUGCCAUUAAAGAUGCUCCAGUUCAGAAGAUGGAAGAAGCCACUGUUGUUGAAAUUAAAACUCCAAAGAGUGAUAAGAAAAAGAAAAAGAUUUUAUCGACACAAACUAAUGCAGAAGCACCUCCAGCUGUAGAUAAUAAUUCAGAAGUUUCUGCCGCAAAAACUAAAAAGGACAAGAAGAACGAGCAAUCAUUAGAUCAAGAUACCACAGAUGGAACAAAAGACUUAGAAUCGCUUGCCAGUAAGAAAAAGCGAAAACGGUCACUUUCCUCCCAAAAAGAUGAAGUUUUAAGGGAAGAAAUCACAGUCUUGGAGCCCAAAGAAAAUAAAAAGAAAAAGAGAAAAACAUCAGACAAACACGAAGAAAGAAAUGACGCACCUGUUGUUACUAAGAAGACCAAUAAACGGAAAAUCAGAGAACACGACGACGUUAAUUUGGCUGAGGUUCCACAAGCCAGCUGUAGUAAACUCCCUGUACCACGAUUACCUACAUCUAUCAUAGAUAAACUGGAUGAUAACGUAAAAAUGCCAAAUAAUAAGAAGGCGAAAGUGAUAUCUACUAGCCAAUUCAUCGUUCAGGGUACCAGACGAAAUAAGCCGUCAAACUAUCUAGAAGAAAGUGUUUGUCUCAAUGAAGAUACGCCAGAGAAGAAGAAGCAGAAGAAACACAUUCCCAAACCAAAAGUGUUGCCAUCUGUACCGACUUGCUCGUCAUCCAGUAAAGGCUUCACCACUAACUUCCAAAUAAAAGUCGUCCCCACUGAAACUAAAUUCGUAGCUCAAUCUUCUAACGAAGUAGUUAAUUUUAAAGAUAAUUUCUUACAUAGGAAAAGUAUUAAACGUGUUGGAACGUACGAAUUAUACAAAAAACAAAGAAAUAUCAAGCUUUCGAAGUUCUAG